GUCUAUGGAAAAAAGGAGGCGGAGGAGAAGAUACAGACAACGGUAUAUAUAUACUUCAUCUGUACGCAGAGCUUUAAACUACUAGCUGAAGACCGUCUGAGAAAACAACUUACAGCUUACAGCUCUAAGAGAAGCUUACUUUGGAAACAAUGGCAGAUGAGAGCUUUAAGAAGGAGUUUUUGGAGGCUCAUAAUCAGUACAGGAAGCAGCAUCAAGCCCCAGAGCUGAAGUACAGUGUGGAGCUGUGCAGCGCUGCUCAGAAGUGGGCAGAUCACCUGCUGAACAUCAAAAAACUGGCCCACAGUGACACGAAAAACGGGGAGAAUGUGUUUUUUUCCUUCAGCUCUGUCAAAAAGACACCCAAAGGGAAGGAGGCUGUAGACAGUUGGUACAGUGAGAUCAAGGAUUACAACUUCAGAUCACCAGGAUUUCAGUCCAACACAGGUCAUUUCACCCAGGUUGUGUGGAAGUCAUCCACAGAGCUCGGAGUAGGGCUGGCUACCGAUGGAAACACAGUUUUUGUCGUUGGUCAAUACAAACCUGCUGGAAAUAUGACCAAUGCUGGUUACUUUGAGAAAAAUGUUCUUCCUAAAAAUAAAUAAUGAUUGAUGAAUCCUAUAAGGAAAGAAAACAAUCAUUGUCUAUUGCUAAAUGUAAACAAUUUAUAAUUUAGCGGAUGCUUUUAAUUCAAAAUGACUUACAGUACAUCACCAUAACAGUUUAAAUGUGAAGAAUAGUCCUACUGUAUAACACCAUUGUGACCAAAUCCUGUGUCUAAUAAAAAUGGAUCAUUGACUCAUAA